AUGGCGACGUCGGAGCCUCUCGCGCCCGCCGCGGCUUCUUCUUCUUCUUCUCCUUCUUCUUUUUCUUCUUCUUCUUUUUCUGCUUCACUCGCGUCUCUCUGCGCAGCUUCUGCCUCGCCUGUAGCCUCUGGCUCUUCUCACAUCUCGCCUCGUCUCCGUUUCUUUCUCUUUUCUCUCCUCUCUCUCUGUCUGUCGUCACCUGUCUGCUUCUCUCGCGCCUCGUCUGCUCCCUCCGCCUCCUCGCGUUCUUCUUCUUCUCCGUCUUUGUCGUCGUUUUUCUCCGGCGACUUUCGGAACAACUGGGCAGUGAUCGUGAACACCUCGCGGUACUGGUACAACUACCGGCACACAGCGAACGCGUUGUCGAUUUACCACACCGUGAAGCGCCUGGGGAUCCCCGACAGCCAGAUCAUCUUGAUGCUUUCUGACGAUCACGCCUGCUCGCCGCGGAACUUCUUUCCAGGGCGGAUCUUCAACGAUCACACGCGGACCUUGAAUCUCUACGGAGCAGGCGACAGGUCCGGAGGCGGCAGCAGCGUCGAGGUCGACUACCGCGGAGACGAAGUCCAGGUCGCGACUCUUCUGCAGCUGCUCGCAGGGCGCCACAAUCCCGCGACGCCGCGCGGGAAGCGCCUGUUGACCGACGAGAACAGUCAGGUGUUGCUGUACCUCUCAGGUCACGGCGGAGACGGCUUCUUGAAGUUCCAGGACUGGGAGGAGAUCUCCAGUGUCGACUUGGCAGAUGCUGUGGCGCAGAUGAAGGCCCAGCGGCGCUUCCGAGAGAUGCUGCUGAUCGCGGAAACCUGCCAAGGCAGUACGCUGCUGGACGCGAUGGCGACGGCAGGCGUCCUGGGUCUCGCGUCUUCCGGUCCAAAAGAGAGCAGCUACUCGCACCAUGCAGACGGCUUCCUCGGCGUCGCCGUCAUCGACCGGUGGACCUACUACACUCUCCAGUUCUUCGAAAAGUCGGUGAGAGACGCCUCGUCUUCCGCCACCUUCGAGCAACUCAUGAACAGCUACUCGCGGAAGCAGCUGCUCUCGACGGCUUCCGUGCGAACCGAGCUGUUCGGCAGGCCGCUCGGGGAAACCAAGCUCACAGAGUUCUUCGCCACUGCCUCCAGUCUGCAUGCGACUCACGGCCUCUACCCAAUAAAAACGCAGAGACGAGUCUCCUGGAGAAUGUGCAGAGACAGACCGGCGCAAGACACUCAGCACAAGCGAGGGAACUCGCGCGCGGGAGGAGAGAACUCGAGCGAGAGAGAAGAGAACUCGAUCGAGAGAGAAGAGACCGAGAACUCGAGCGAGAGAGAAGAGAACUCGAGCGAGAGAGAAGAGAACUCGAGCGAGAGAGAAGAGAACUCGAGCGAGAGAGAAGAGAACUCGAGCGAGAGAGAAGAGAACUCGAGCGAGAGAGAAGAGAACUCGAGCGAGAGAGAAGAGAACUCGAGCGAGAGAGAAGAGAACUCGAUCGAGAGAGAAGAGAACUCGAGCGAGAGAGGAGGGCGGAAUGCAGUGCGUGUGGGGACCUACUACGAAAGACACUUUGCGAUCACGCGUGAGGACAGAGGAGAGUUCGACCAGAGAGGGAGAAACGCUGGCAAGGCAGGAAGGACAGAGACGGACGGACAGGCCGAGAAGGCAAGAGAAGAAGCAGGAAGGCCAGAGGCAGAAGGUGCGUCAGUGAAGCAAGCUGUCGAGACCCUUGUGGAGAGGAUUUGGGGAGGACGCGAAGAGAAGUUCCAGUCGACGCUUGUGGCUCCCGGAUUGAUGUGCCUAGCGCUGGGCUUCGCGGGGGUCGCCUCUGUUCUUCUGUAG